GUCCUUAGUCCUUAAAGUGAUGGUUGAAAUCAAUCUGUUUUAUUGGAUUAGGAUUGAUUUAGUUUAAGUUACAGGCGGAAUGCCCCUCCAGAGAUGGAUAAAAAAUGGAAACAUCGCGGGAGUGAACUAGUGAUAGUUAAACUGAUUUCGAUCCUAUAUUGUGCCUCAAUAGCAAAAUCAUGCGGCACAGAACAAGAAGUCAGAGACGAGAGUGUUUUAGAUAGGGAACUAAAAAAUUAUGUUGAUAGAGUGUUUAGUGUGGGGGAGUUUCGUAUUGUGCCCGGGAUAGAAAUUGAAAGGGCGGGUAAUCAGACUUAUAUCAGGGAUGGUAGUGAUAAUAAUAGGAAUGACUGUGAACGCGGCAGAAAUUACGAAACCGUUCAGGAGUAUGCGGGGAAGAAACUAAACCAUUACGCUCAAACCCAUGUCUUAUCAGUUAAUUUGCAGGAAACUGCCAGAUUCCUCUCCUCGGGAACAGAUGGCGGCAAGAGCUCCUUCUUGACUGGAUUCGGGAUGGGCUUCCUAGCUUUUGCUCUAAAAAAGCUCUUACUACCGGUGUUCAUCGGAGCGCAGCUAAUAAAAAGUGUGUUAAUAGCAAUGUUUCUCCCGUCCAUCUUAGGAGGCUUAGGCAAACUUGUUGGAAAGGGAUUAUCCACAUUUUCGGGCGUUUCUGGAGCUUCCGCUGGAAUUAACAACAACAAUCAAUAUAAUCAACUGGAAGACUUCGAAUUUAAGGAUACGGACCCUUACAAUAACGAUGCUGCAGCUGAUUAUAGUGCUGAUGCCAGUGCCAUCAACCAGCUGGGUGUUGAUGGUGAUGGUAGCACCGUGUCUCCAUCGAAUUCAAGGUUCGGCGUCGUCAAUCAAAGAGUUUCCUACAUAUCACCCCAGCACAAUGAUAACUACUACAUGAGGAGGCCAAAUAAAAAGACGGACUACAAAGUGUUCCACAAAAUACCGCCGUCGUCUUUGCUGCUAACGAGCUACGAUCCUUUCUACAGUCCCCUGUUGUCGCGCCUGGACGCCGUCUUUCAACAACUGGGACUUGGAAACGAUAAAUCUCCCCAAACGGAGAGAUGCAGGGAGCGUCUAGUGUGCCUAAUGUACGCGAAUCCAGCUAAAUAUGCCCCGUACAGCAAUUUGGUUUCGGCCCAGUUAAGCAGGGAACUGAACGAACUGCGUAAACCUUCCUCGGAUAAUCCUGAUAUCUUACGGUUUUUCCGUUACAUGAAAGCAGCCAAAGACGGCCAAGAUGGCGAGGAAUGUCAUGCACAUGGUGGAUGUCCUUCGCUCACUGCUCAACAACCUAGUCCCGCAAUGCUCACUACUUUUAAUGAUAUAAAUAAGUUGGUAUUAGCUAGAAAGUUUAAUUAA